GCCAGGACCCACAUCCCCGGCCCCUGGGUCUCGGACCGGGGUCUCUGUGGCUCUUGGUGACUGCCAGCGCCUGCCAGAGCAAGCUCCUGGGCGCUGAUCGCAUAUGGGGGGCCGGAGGCGGGGCAUGGGUUAUCCCCGCGCCGAUCCCCGGGGCUCCUCGAGGCUCGGGGUUCCGGUUCCCCCUGUUGGACUACGUCUCCCAUGAUUCCCGGAGGCAGCCAUCUUGCCCGAAGUCCGUGAAUGGGCCGAGGGAACCAGAGAACUCGGUUUCCCUUGAUCCCCGGGCCCCUGGAUUCCCCACUUCCUUUUUUCCAUCCCGGACCGCGCCUCCGGUGGCUCCCGGGAGUGGGGAAAGCCAAGAAAAGCGGGAUACGGGGCGGGGAGACCCCUGCCGCGGACCCCCGACCGCCCCCGCCGCCUGCCUCCCCGCCCCCGCCGCCACGAUCGAGGGCCCGUGAGGGAGGGAUCCGGCUCGGACCUCGGGGCGGGUGGAGGGGGCAGAGCCUGUGCUCUGGUCCUUCCAUCUCUACCAGCUAGUCUCCCGGGAAUGAGGAUGGGGCGAUCUGGGGGUUCCCGGAGCCGCGGGAGGGAGCGGGGGAACGUGGAGUGUGGACCAUGGAGGGAGGAGGAAGGGAGGGGGAGCCAGAGAGCCAUGCAGAUGUGUGCACACGUCAGUGGUGUGGUGAAGAGUCACCCUGCAUAUUCAUGAACGCUUCGGAGGGGCCAGGAAGGAGCCAGAGUCAACCCUAGUUCCAGUCCACUGUUGGGCCCACCUAUAACUGUGACAGCCGGGUUGGGGGUCCGGUGGGCGGGGUGGCCUAUGUAGAUGUGUGCAUACAUCAGGGGGUCCUGGGGAGUCACCCCUGGGAAACUAGCACACAUGUUAUACCAUGAAAAUCCAAUUAAUGACGCCCCCAUUCAGCAGGAAGCAGUUUGGAGAGAAAAAACUGCACCCAUGUUCCCAAAUAUGGUUUAUAAACGUUCUUUUACAUUUAAAGGGGGAUAUGAUAUAGAUAUAAAUAAUUUACAUUGAUAUGGAUUUUGCUUUAGUGAUUUAAAUUUAAGGUCAAUUUUGUUAUAUGUAUAUGUAUUUCUGAUCUUGAUUAAGGUAUUGUGAUUGUGUAGUUCACUUAAAAAUGUAAUGCAUAUAGGCUGUUAAUGGAUAAUCAUUAAUAAUAGUCAAGUUUGUAGUCAUGUUAGAUUUUCUAGAUAUAUAGAUAUAUAUUUCAGUUAGAUCGGCAUUCUUCAUAUCUUUCAAAGACUAUGGAAUAUGCUAUUAAAUGUUUUAAUAACUUAGGGUUUUUCAUGACAAUGAGAUACUCUGUUCCUGGCAGCACCAAUCUACUUCAAGAGAAAGAUGGGCAUUGAAGAGGAUCCUUAUGGAGUUUGAGAGCCAUUUGGGCAAGAAACUGCUCUUGCCUGGACUAUUACAUAAACUGGACACAGAGAACCCGCAGAGAGAGGACUACUGAACUUGCCUAAAGGUGAGAUGAUCUUUCAGGGUUCCUGAUUCAUGAAGGAGUCUGCAAGACAUUCUGCAGGACACAACAGAUAGUGACUAAACUGACUUUGAAAUUUCCUGCCUCGUGGAAAUGUCUGCUGGAAACUAUAGGCCUGUAAGCCAAAGAUAGAUGCCCCAACGGUACAAAAGAACUUUGGGUGACUGUACAGGCAGCAAGAUGUCUCUGUCAUUUCUAGAAUUUUAGAAGUUCUUGUUUGCUUAGGUAAUAUUGUAUCUUUCUGGAGUCUUUGAUGCAGUUGAAGAAUAGAUAGAUAGUUAUAGCUGUUUUCCUUUGUUAUGAUAAAAGAUAAUGUAGAUAUAAGUAUUGUAACUGUAAUUCUUACUUGAUAACUUUUGUUAUAUGUAAUUUUGCUAUGUUAAAGUUAAAGCCUUCCCUUUUUUUGUUUAAACAGAAAAGGGGGAAGUGAUGUGGGAGUGUCAUAUAUCAAUCUGUUGAUUUCAUUGGUUAAGCAAUAAAGAAACUGCUUGGCCCUGAUAGGUUAAAACAUAGGUGGGAGGAGUAAACAGAACAGAAUGCUGGGAGGAAGAGGAAGUGAGCUCAGAGACGCCAUGCUCCACUCUCCCGGAUAGAUGUGAUAGCUCUGCUCUCUGAGGCACACGCGAUGAAGCUCCGACCCAGGAUGGACAUAGGCUAGAAUCUUCCCAAUGAACACCAUUAAGACGGAGAGCAGGAGAAAUGUGAGGAUGCUGAAGGAAGAGGUGCAAAAGCUGGACGACCUUUACCAACAAACUGUGAAGGAGGCUGAGGAACAAGAUGAGAAGUGUGCCAGGGAGCUUGAAUCCCUGGAGAAACACAAGCACCUACUGGAGAGUACUGUGAACGAGGACCUCAGUGAAGCCAUGGAUGAGCUAGAAGCUGUCCAGCAGGAAUACCAACUGGUUCUACAAAGCAUAACUGAAGAAAGGGGAAAAGUGAGACACGACUUACUGCAUCUUUUAGAGAUGGUUGCUACACAUGUAGGGUCUUUGGAACCCAGGCAGCCGCGUGUGAUGAUCUGUGUGGCACUCAGGCAGGAGCUGCAGUUCUUAGAUGGGUUAUGGUCAAGAGGCCCUUUGACAACAGGCCUAGACUCUGUGUGGAGCUGUGGGAGGCACUCCAGAGGACACUAGACCUAGAGAAAACACAUCGCAGGGCCUGUGAAGCAAAGCCAGCUUGAACCGGACCUGGGAGAGGACAUAGGAGGAUGUGACCGACGCCACUGACGUUUCAUAGUGAUGGUAUGGAUGCUGGGCAAAAGACAGAUUGUGUGCCUGGGAGGCAUAGCUAAAGACAUUGGGGGGUGAGUUUGGGGAGUUCCUGUGCACUGAAGCCCUGAUCUGAGCAUUUGUUUUCUUUAGCAGACUCUUCGCAGAGCAAAUUAAACUGGACCCCAGAACCCAGUGCCCUACCCCAGCUCUUCCCUCAAUGAGCUCUGAAGCCUGUUGAGGAUCUGGUCUGAGAUUGAGGCUCAGAAGCACACCCCUUGCAUGUAAGAUUCAGGUUCAGCCAACAGAUGGUGCUUAGUCUUAUGAUCAGGGUUCCUACCCCCACUGCUCUCUUGGAGGCAGACCAAUGGUUUCGGUGGCAGUAUGCAUAUGUGUGCCUAUACGGCUAUGUUCAACGGGCCCUUGGGCACCAGGCACCC